AUGUCAAAACCUCUUCCAACUGUUCCAUCCAUGACUGUCGGUUCAUCCACAGCAACAAGUCCAGGAUCAUCCAUUUUGAUGGAUCAAUAUCAAGAGUCCUUGAAACGUGAUGAGUACUUGAAAAGUCAAUCCUACACUUCUUCCGAUGAUGAAGAUGAUGAUCAGACUUUGAAUGAUUUCACUCAUUCCGAUGAAAUAUGGAAUCAACCUCCUCCUUCCGAGCACGAUGUAGCAAAAAGAUCUUUAUCCAAAACGAUGAUGAUGACAGCAACAACAACCACUACUGACGAUUACAGUAAUUAUAAAAACAACAACAACAAAACUCGUUUCGUCCUAUCCAUCGAUGGUGGUGGUAUUCGUGGAAUCAUUCCAGGUUCCAUCUUGGCUUCUCUCGAAAAGGAAAUCAUUCAAGAAAUUGUCAAACAUUUCGAUCAAUUAGGUGAAAAACCUCCUGUUCAUAAUUUUGCAUUAACUUCUUGUUUUGAUUUAAUUGCAGGAACAAGUACAGGAGGAAUUAUUGCAUUGGGAUCUGGAAUUUCACCUACAAAUUCGAGAUUUAAUUUUAAAUAUAAUGCAAGUGAUUUGGGAGAUUUGUACACAAAUAAUGGUUCUCUCAUUUUCUCAAAAGAAAACAAACACAACAAAUUGAGAGAAUUUUUAACAUCUUCAAGAUAUGACCCCAGUGGAUUGGAAAGUGUCUUGACACAAUAUUUUGGUAGUUACAAAUUGAGUGAUCUUGUCAUUCCUGUUCUCGUCACAAGUUUUGAUUUGAAUAGACAAGAACUCGUUGUGUUUGACAGUGAAAAAGCAAAACCUCAAGGAGAAUUAACACAAAGACAAUUACCUUCUGAUUAUUAUUUACGAGAUAUUGCAUUGGCAACAUCUGCUGCUCCAACGUUUUUCCCAAUUCGAACCAUUGAAUCCAUUACUGAUCCAAGUGACAAGCAUGAUUAUAUUGAUGGAGCUGUCACGGCCAAUAAUCCAACCAUGCUUGCUUAUUUGAAAGCGAAAAAACUCUAUCCUGGUGACAAUAUUUAUGUCAUUUCAUUGGGAUGUGGUUAUGAGAAUAUUGAACGACCUGUUUUAGAAGGAAAGUUAGAAUGGGCAAAAACGAUCAGUUCUCUCAUGAUUACAGGUGCUUCUAACUUGACAGAAUCAUUAAUGCAACAAAUGGUUGAAUUGUCACCCAAUGACAGAUAUUGGAGAAUUGAUGUCAAGUUAGAUCAAUGUUACUUGGAUGUCACAUCUGAAGAUUUUUUGAAGAGUCUGAAAAUUAUUGGAACGAGUUUGAGAACCAAUGAUGAUCAUGCUUACAAAACCAUUCGAGAUACCAUUAUUGAUUUUUAUGCAUCGAAGGGAUAUUAUACUUGUUUUCGACUUGUUGAAGAAAUUGAACAGCAAUUGGAGAGUCCAAAACUUCGAAAAGAUGGUCACAUCCGAAUUGAUUUAAGCGAUAAGGGACUCACUCCAAUAGCUACUUGGGAAGUUGUUCAUUAUUUGAAAAAUCAAAUUUCAUUUGAGAAUCUUUACAAAAUGAAUCUAAGUGGACAAGAAAUUACCAUUGAAAUUUUAGAACAAUUAUUACACUUGAAAACUGGAGAAGCUCCUUCCAAACACAAGAAAAAACAUCCAUCUCUCAAAAAGAAGGAACAAUUAUUUGUGAAGUAUACUUCCAAUCAUUCAUCAGUCGUUGUUUCAAAAACAAGACCUCUUAUCAAACGAUUGAUCAUGAGAGAUUGUAAAAUUUCUGGACAAGUUCUCACAUGGCUCAUUCACCAAAGUGAUACUCUUUAUGAAUCUUUGGAUCUGGUUGGUUGUGUGAAAUGCAGUGAAUGUGAUUCUGGAUUUUUAGAUGCAUUGUGUGUCAUUGCAGAAAAGGAAGGUGUCACAUUGGAAGGUAAAGCUUGGUGGUUGAUUGCCAAUCAUUAUAGAUAUUUUGAAAAAAUUGAGAAGGCAAGAAUGGCAUUUUGGAAAGGAAGUCAAUUGGAAGAUGUAGAUUGUGAAUAUUUAGAAUGUUUGAUGGGAUUUUAUAUGGAUGUCCACUUGUCACUUGAGGAACGAAUUGAAAAACUUCAUGAAAUUUUGAAAAAGAGAAAUGAAAGAAUGACCUACAUGAUGGGAGUUGCGAUUGAGAAGAAACAAACCGGUGAAACUUGCAUUGAAAAAUCCAUCUCUUUACCUAAUUUAGAAAAUAGCCCCUCCAAACGAAAUUCCACCAUGUUGUCGAUGGCCAACCACCCUGUUGAAGAGGAUCCUCUUCCCAAUGAAUUUGUAAAUUAUGAAAUUGAAAAUCAUCAUGCCCUAUGUGUGGAUUGGUAUGUCCGAACCAGUCAAUCGAUUAGCCAUAACGAUUCAGCACAACCAUGGAUUCAGAAAUCGAAAACAAGACAACUUUCAUUACUUCCUGCAGCAAAUACUCCUCUCGUUGCAAGUUUCAGAAAUAUGAGUAGUAGUAAUAUGUCUACGGUCAUGCAAGAUUUUCAAUUGUCAAAAAAGGAAAGAAAGGAAAAGAAGAAGCUUGAAAAACAAAUGGCUAAAGAAAAGAAGCGACAAGAAAAGGCGGAAAGAAAAAAUUCGUCCGCUUCUAAUGCUUUACAGAAAUGA